AUGGGCAAGGACGACAAGACUCACAUCAACGUCGUCGUUAUCGGCCACGUCGAUUCCGGCAAGUCUACCACCACUGGUCACUUGAUCUACCAGUGCGGUGGUAUUGACAAGCGUACCAUUGAGAAGUUCGAGAAGGAAGCCGCUGAACUCGGCAAGGGUUCCUUCAAGUAUGCCUGGGUUCUUGACAAGCUCAAGGCCGAGCGUGAGCGUGGUAUCACCAUUGAUAUCGCUCUCUGGAAGUUCGAGACUCCCAAGUACCACGUCACCGUCAUUGAUGCUCCCGGUCACCGUGAUUUCAUCAAGAACAUGAUUACUGGUACUUCCCAGGCCGAUUGCGCUAUUCUCAUCAUCGCCGCCGGUACUGGUGAGUUCGAGGCUGGUAUCUCCAAGGAUGGCCAGACCCGUGAGCACGCUCUGCUCGCCUUCACCCUCGGUGUCAAGCAGCUCAUUGUUGCCAUCAACAAGAUGGACACCACCAAGUGGUCCGAGGCCCGUUACCAGGAAAUCAUCAAGGAGACUUCCAGCUUCAUCAAGAAGGUUGGCUACAACCCCAAGGCUGUUGCUUUCGUCCCCAUCUCCGGUUUCAACGGCGACAACAUGCUUGAGCCCUCCUCCAACUGCCCCUGGUACAAGGGUUGGGAGAAGGAGACCAAGGCUGGCAAGUCUACUGGCAAGACCCUUCUCGAGGCCAUCGACGCUAUUGAGCCCCCCAAGCGUCCUACCGACAAGCCUCUCCGUCUUCCCCUCCAGGAUGUUUACAAGAUCGGUGGUAUCGGAACGGUGCCCGUCGGUCGUGUUGAGACUGGUAUCAUCAAGCCCGGCAUGGUCGUCACCUUUGCUCCCGCCAACGUCACCACUGAAGUCAAGUCCGUCGAGAUGCACCACGAGCAGCUUACUGAGGGUGUUCCCGGUGACAACGUCGGCUUCAACGUGAAGAACGUUUCCGUCAAGGAAAUCCGUCGUGGUAACGUCGCUGGUGACUCCAAGAACGACCCCCCCAAUGGCGCUGCUUCCUUCAACGCCCAGGUCAUUGUCAUCAACCACCCUGGCCAGAUCGGUGCCGGCUACGCUCCCGUUCUUGACUGCCACACUGCCCACAUUGCUUGCAAGUUCUCCGAGCUCCUCGAGAAGAUCGACCGCCGUACCGGUAAGUCGGUUGAGAACAACCCCAAGUUCAUCAAGUCUGGUGACUCCGCCAUCGUCAAGAUGGUUCCCUCCAAGCCCAUGUGCGUUGAGGCUUUCACCGACUACCCCCCUCUGGGCCGUUUCGCCGUCCGUGACAUGCGUCAGACCGUCGCUGUCGGUGUCAUCAAGUCCGUUGAGAAGGCUGCUGCUGGUUCCUCCAAGGUCACCAAGUCCGCUGCCAAGGCCACCAAGAAAUAA